CUGAAGCGCCCGCUCCGUGCCAAGCACUGCGUGGUGGGCGCCGCGGGCCGGAAGUACCAGCCAGGGUGGCGGGACUUAGUCCAGUGCUCUGCGCCCAGGAAGCGCUCAGGAAAUAGGAUUGAAUGAAGGGAUGACUCACUUUCGGCUUCCUCCCCGCCGCGCCGUGCCAGGCUGGCGCUGCGGCCCCCCCGGGGGGCCAUGCCCUCGCUGGUGUUCCUGUGCGCCCGGCAGCUGCUGCGCCACCAGGCCUCGGCGUGCCGGGCCCUGGCCCAGCUGCCCGAGGAGCUGUACCCGGUGCUCUUCAAGGCGGCCUUCAUGGACGGGAAGCCCCUGGUCCUGCAGGAGCUGGUGCGGCGGUGGCCCUUCGCCCUCCUCAGCUUCCGGGAGCUGCUGCGGGAAUGCCGGCACUGCGGCCGGACCCUGCUGCGGGAGCGGCCCGGCAGGGACAGCCUGCAGGCCGUCAUCCUGGGCCUGGCCGCCCGCCUCCGCCAGCCCCCGCCCGCCCGCAGGAGGCAGCAGCUCCAAGUGCUGGACAUGACGGGGCUCCCGGACGGCGACGGCAGCGGCAGCAGCGAGCGGGACCCCAAGACGAUGAGCAUGUGGGCUCGCACCGUGGCCGUGGCCAAGACCUGCAUCGCCGUGGGCCGGCGGCAGGCCGGGGCCGCCCGGCGCCCUUCCAAGCGGCCCACGGUGGACCGGCCGGCCCUGGAGGUGCGGGCCGACCUCCUGGUGAACCGGACGUCCUACGGGGUCCUGAGGGAGGCCCUGGCAAGCGGCGGCCCUGUGCGGCUGCUGUGCCGGGACUUGCGGGCGGAGGAACUGUCCCUGACCAGCACCGUGGGCCUGCUGGAGCUGCUGGACCCCCUGUACCUGCGCCAGGUCGACCUGCGCUUCAACAACCUGGGCUUGUCGGGCCUGUGCGUCGUCAUCCCCCACAUGGCCAAGUUCGCCAACCUGCUGAGCCUCAAGCUGCAGUACAGCAACGUGGACGUCCGGCGGCUGUCCGCGGAGAUGGAGGGCAGCUUCCGCUACUUCGUCGCCCAGCUCGGCAAGCUGGGCCGCCUCAGGGAGCUCAACAUGGGCUCCUCCCGCCUCUCGGGCCGCCUGCGCCAGCUGCUCAGUGGCCUGCGGAGUCCCCUGGAAAGCCUGGAGCUGGCCUUCUGCUACCUGCUGCCCGCCGACUUCAGCUACCUGUCCCAGAGCCCCCACGCCUCGGCCCUGAAGAAGCUGGACCUGAGCGGCAACAACCUGUCCCCGCCGCUGCUCGGGCCCUUCCGGACCCUCCUGAGGGAGGCCUCCCCGUCCCUCCUGCACCUGGAAGCCACCGAGUGCCAGCUCACCGACGCCCACCUCGCCACGGUCCUGCCCGCGCUGGGCCGCUGCGCCCGCCUCCGCUACCUGGGCCUCUUCGGCAACCCCCUGUCCACCCAGGGGCUGAAGGCCCUGCUGCGGCGCACGGAGGGGCUGGGGGAGCUGCGGCUGGUGGUCUACCCCUUCCCCGUGGACUGCUACCGGGGCCCGCCCCGGCCCCCGCCGGCCGCCGGCCCGCCGGACGGCGAGCUGGACCGGGAGCGGCUCUCCCUCGUGCAGGCCGAGCUGCUGCAGAUGCUGCGGGCCGCCCGGCGGGCCCACGUGCUGUGGACCACCGACGCCUACGGCCACGGCGCCCUCGACUACUUCAGCUUGUAGCCCGGGGGAAGCCAGCCCGGGCCACGGGAAAACUCGGAGCCGCUCGCCUCGGCCGGCCUCUCCGCUCUCUAACGAUAACAACAAAAACAACGGUAGUCUUCGGCCAGCUUCCUACACCAGCCGGGUGGCCCCUGCCCUCACUCCCCUCGCCGUCCGGACGACGCGUCCCCGGCUCCCCAUCCUGGCUCCCCGCGGAGAAGAGAGACGGGGAAGCCCGUCCGAGGAGGGGCAGAGCCGUAGCCUUUUCCCGUCUUUUGGAGGCGGGGGGUCCCGCCGCUUUCCGCCGGAGGCCGGGAUGGAUUGGAUGAGGGAAGGUCCAGCCGCUCCCGGCCUGGCAUUACAAACCGGCGGCACCGGGAAUAAAGUACAGACUGGUUUAACGGUGUCCUUUACAUCCUCGCCCGCUUUUCCGCCGAGGGAGGGAGGGGCAGCGCAA